GGGAGGCGCGGCGGCGAUACCGGUGCGGAGGGCUCCCGCGCUCCGCCAAUCACAGGCGCUGCUCGGAGCCAGGCUGCUGCCAGUGGCGGCGGCGGGGGCCGCGGCGGGCCGGAGAGAGACCUUGCGGCUGGCUUUUCGGGCGCCCGGCGAGGGCCCGCUGCCGCGCAAUGGGCACCGUGCCGUCAGCGCUGAAGCACUGCCUCAGCUACCAGCACCUCCUCAAGGAGCAGCUGUGGAUCGGGGAGCAAGCCCCGCCGCCGCCUGCGGCUCCGCACCCCGGGCAGGAAUCUCAAGCAUCUGGACUGCCUGCCUACAUAAAGAUUGUAGAAGUUGGGCCAAGGGAUGGAUUACAAAACGAAAAGGUGAUAGUCCCAACUGAUAUCAAAAUUGAGUUAAUCAACCGGCUUUCCAAAACAGGCCUUCCUGCAAUAGAAGUGACCAGUUUUGUUUCAUCCAAAUGGGUGCCUCAGAUGGCAGAUCAUAAAGAAGUAAUGAGGGGCAUUGAACGGCAUCCUGGAGUCCAGUAUCCUGUUCUUACGCCUAAUCUUCAUGGUUUUCAUGCUGCUAUUGCAGCGGGGGCCACAGAAGUCUCAGUAUUUGGUGCAGCAUCUGAAACAUUUAGCAAAAUGAAUAUUAAUUGUUCAAUUGAAGAAAGCAUAGAAAAAUUUGAAGAUGUUGCUAAAUCUGCAAGGAAUAUGAAUAUUCCAGUGCGUGGGUAUGUGUCAUGUGCAUUGGGAUGCCCAUAUGAAGGAAACAUCAUACCAGCUAAAGUGGCAGAAGUAUCUAAGCGGCUGUACAGUAUGGGAUGUUACGAAAUCUCCCUGGGGGAUACAAUUGGUGUGGGGACUCCUGGAAGCAUGAAAAGAAUGCUGGAAGCUGUUAUGAAAGAAAUUCCUUUGUGUGCUCUUGCUGUUCACUGUCAUGACACAUAUGGCCAGGCAUUAGCCAAUAUCCUCACAGCCAUACAGCACAUACCUGAACAUGAGAAGAAAUAUGCUAAGAGGCAAAGAGGAGUUUUGGAUGGCAUUGAUACCUCCAUGAAUGAAACAAUUGCAUGGUAAUCCCAUAUAACUUUAUGAAAUUCAAGUCACUAUUGUAAUUGAGUAAUAUAAACUGAUCCCUACACUACUGGUAUCAGAUCCUAACUUAGAGAAAACAAGCAUAAAACUAACAACUUACAGGGAGCAAAGAUUUUACCACCUUGUGUAAUCAUUUCCACCUUAUUGGACACAAUGACAUGAAUGAGAUUGAUGAUUUGCCAUGUGAAAUUACUUUUUAUUAGUGCUUUCUAUUUCCAGAAUAUAGGAAUUUUGAAAUAAAAUUCACAUCUUAGAACCAGAACACAAUUUAGCAAGUAUUCAGUUAAACUUUCAAGGCUCACACUGCAAAAUUAAAAUUUGUGAAUAUAGGUUUUCCAUUGCGAACAUUGAAAUAUAUCAACUUACAGAAAGUUUAAAAUAUUUAAUGAUAUUUCAUUAAUGUCUAUAAGAUCCUUGAAUUUUAAAGAUUGCACCUUUUUUUUUUUUUUCUUUUUUUUAAAUACAGAUAGAAAUGGCUGGUUGAUGACUCCUUCCUUUGAUUGCUAAACUGAAUAGGUUCUAGUUAUUUUGGUGCAUGCGGGAGUGAAUAACUAACUUCCAUAUUUUUGUGAAUCCAGUUUACUUAUGUAGUAAGGACUAGGUUCACAAGUAGGCACUCAAUGUUGAUAUGGCUAAGUUUUAAGUGCCAGAACCAGGAAAGGAACGUAGUUGCUGAAGUUCAUGGUUUAUUAAUUCACAAGGAUCAUUGUGUUGCAGAAAUAGAGUUCACAAUGACAUGAAGGUAUGGAUAGCAGUGGUGGCAGGCUGAAUGUGAAGAAGGCAAAUACAUGUGUAUAACAGGUCGUGUAUAGUAGUCACAUAUAAACUGUUACAGGUUUUCUGUUGGUGAUUUGUUACCUUUUUACUGAGUUAUACAUACAAACACAUAUACAGUCACAGUUUUAUCUCUUGAUUUAAAAAGAAGCAACAGUGCAAUUUUAUGAAACUUUGAUCAUUCAACAUGAUGACUUUAUAUAUCAGCACAUUUAUGUGUUAUUAAAGUUCAGCAUUGCAUUUAUCUGCCUGCAGUCUAGGUUUAACCAACAACAAAGUGUAUGCACUGGCAUUGAAUAAAGAUUUAAAAUGCCUGUGGUCCAGCUUUAUCUAUCAUUGACUCCUGUGAUUAUGUUCAUCACUAGUAGCUCAGCAACUUCCUAAUGACCAUUGGUAGGAUCAUAAAUUUGCUUAUACAUCUCAACUCCUCUCUAAGUCAUUAGCAACCUAAAAUUGAAAUUUCAAGAUGAUAUCAAGGAAGAAAAAAAAAAAAAGACACCUUAUCAUUCUUUAUUUGUGAGAAAUGCUCUCUUUUUAAUUCCCUGCAAAGCGCAACAUUCAGAGGUACUGUGUAGUAGGAUAAUUUGACUCUUCUGUUAAGAGGUAGAGAAGAUAGAUAAACAACCAUGAAAAGUGUGAAGCCUUGCAUGUAGUCAUUGUGCUAGACUCGAUCUAGUAAUUUCUCAGCUAACAGUGAAUAUUAACUUUUUAGCUGAGGAAGGCAGUCUAACCAUAUUUUUCUGUUGCUACACAAAUCAUAAAGUACUGGUUUUGGGGAAUUAUAUAGUAACUGAGGAAAUGAAUUUGUAUGUAGUGGGCUGACAGAGUUCUUGCUUGAAUAAUACCUUAAAUACCACUAGGAUUUUCUUUUAUUAUCAGCAGCAUGCUGGGGUACCCACUGCCUGGCAAUGGAAUUAUUUGCAUCUAAACAAUUUUUUUAACAGAGAAAAAAAAAUAGUCAUAAUAGGUUAGUUAAAAUUUUGAGCUUGUACUACAGACAGGGUUUUUUUAGGCCAAUAGGGAGGCAUUGUAUGAAAUUAAUGAGGUAUAGGAGGCAGGAACCAUAAUAUCUUGGCUUGUCUUUUCCCUAUUUGGCAUGUCACUGUGUACAUCACUUUUCUUCGACUUUUUAUUUGUAAAACAGGAAUAUGACUAAUCUCUUUGAGUUUGUGAAAGGCUAAUGAAAUCUACUGAGGAAGAAUAUAGGAAAAGUACAAAUUAUAUUUAUGAAGUCUGGAUUUAAUCUUUAUUUUUGAAAUUGAAGUUUAGAAACUGAAUAGAUUUUAAGUUUCAAAUAGAAUGUAAUUUUGAGAUUAAAAAAAAACUAAGGUAUAUGAGUGGGCAAGUGGUCAAAACACAUACAUGCCCAAUCAAAUUAUCUGAGUUCUGCAACAGUCUAUUUCCCCUGCACAGCCUGGCAUGCUGAUGAAGUUAUGUAGCACAGUCUGAGGGUAGGAAAGACUUGCCCUAUGAAGCACUAUAUAUUGGGAUCCUGAAAAAAAGUUAAUAAUUUUGAAUUCCUAUUCUGAGGAAUGCAUAGAAAUUGAAAGGUUUUAGCAGACCUCACAUGUUUACUUUCCUCUGCUGUUUAAAAAGAUCUCCUAGGAAACUGAAGAAGACUUAACAGAGAUCUCCAGAAACUAAUUUCAAGGUUCAG